GGCGGCGCGCGGGCGUGCGCGUGAGGGGCCGGCGCGGCGGCGCGCGCCCCAAGAUGGCGUCGAUGCGGGAGAGCGACACGGGCCUGUGGCUGCACAACAAGCUGGGCGCCACCGACGAGCUGUGGGCGCCGCCGAGCAUCGCGUCGCUGCUCACGGCCGCCGUGGUCGACAACAUCCGCCUCUGCUUCCACGGGCUGUCGUCCGCCGUGAAGCUCAAGCUGCUGCUCGGGACGCUGCACCUCCCGCGCCGCGCGGUGGACGAGAUGAAGGCGGCCCUGACAGAGAUCAUCCAGCUCGCCAGCCUGGACUCGGACCCCUGGGUGCUCAUGGUCGCUGACAUCCUCAAGUCUUUUCCGGACACCGGCUCUCUCAACCUUGAGCUGGAAGAGCAGAACCCCAACGUUCAAGACAUCCUGGGAGAGCUGAGAGAAAAGGUGGGCGAGUGUGAGGCCUCCAUCAUGCUGCCGCUAGAGUGCCAGUACCUGAACAAAAACGCUCUGACCACACUCGCCGGGCCCCUCACGCCCCCGGUGAAGCACUUCCAGCUGAAGAGGAAACCCAAGAGCGCGACGCUCCGGGCUGAGCUCCUGCAGAAGUCCACGGAGACGGCCCAGCAGCUCAAGAGGAGCGCGGGGGUGCCUUUCCAUGCCAAGGGCCGCGGGCUGCUCCGCAAGAUGGACACAACAACCCCGCUCAAAGGUAUCCCGAAGCAGGCGCCCUUCCGGAGCCCUACCACGCCCAGCGUCUUCAGCCCUGCGGGGAACCGGACCCCCAUCCCACCUUCGCGGACGCCUCUUCGGAAGGAGAGGGGAGUGAAGCUUCUCAGCAUCUCGGAGCUGGAUAAGGUCGGGGCCGGCCGGGAGGCAAAGAGGAGGAGGAAGACGCUGGACACGGAAGUGGUGGAAAAGCCCGCCAAGGAGGAGACGGUCAUCGAGAACGCCACCCCUGACUAUGCGGCCGGCCUCGUGUCCACGCAGAAACUCGGGUCUCUGAACGAGCCCACGAUGCCCUCCGUGAGCUACUUGCCCGCCACGCCCAGCGUGGUGCCGGCUUCCUCCUACAUCCCCAGCUCUGAGGCGCCUCCAGCCUCAUCUUCACGGGAAGCCACCUUGCAGGCCGGCCGGCCAGCUGAGGAGCCCAGCACGCCGAGCCCUGCGCAGUUCAAGCAGCGGGCACCCAUGUACAACAGCAGCCUAAGCCCAGCCACGCCCGCGCCCACCACACCCACCUCACCCCUCACACCCACCACGCCACCUGCUGUCACCCCUGCUGCACAGACCCCUCCCGUGGCCAUGGUGGCCCCGCAGACCCAGCCCCCUGCCCAGCAGCAACCCAAGAAGAACCUGUCCCUCACGAAGAAGCAGCUCUUUGCAGCACAGGAAAUGUUCAAGACAGCCAACAAAGUCACACGUCCCGAGAAGGCCCUAAUCCUGGGCUUCAUGGCUGGCUCACGAGAAAACCCAUGCCAGGAGCAGGGCGACGUGAUCCAGAUCAAGCUGAGCGAGCACACAGAGGACCUGCCCAAGUCUGACGGCCAGGGCAGCACCACCAUGCUGGUAGACACUGUGUUUGAGAUGAACUACGCCACAGGCCAGUGGACACGCUUCAAGAAGUACAAGCCCAUGGCCAACGUGUCCUAGGGCGCCUGAGCUCAGCCUCGUAGUGGGGGUGGGGUGUGGACUUUUUAAAUCUUAGUGUGGGUUACCAUUUUUGUGUAAGACUUUUUUGGAUUCAAUAUUACACAUUGAAUGUUGACCACAAAAAUUAUGACUUCCUAAUUUCA